AUGCUAUUCAAGAACGUUCGCCUUUUACUAGGUUUUCUCUUAUGGGAAGGCAUAGCUUCAUCUCUAUUACCGCGAGGGGGCGACGACUCCGGCGGACACGAAUGGAUUGACCACGACAAAGUCGUCGCAUUCUCACAAAAUGCAUCUCCCGGGUUGGAAGGGCAGCUAGAGCUUCGAUUUAACCCCAAUCUUUUCGUUGAUGGAGGCUGUGAUCCAUACCCAGCUGUUGAUGCAAAUGGAAAUCUCGGUGCUGGCCUGAAGCCAACCAAUGGUGGAAGAAGCGGCUGUGAUGGUGGCGGCACUGGCCAGGUUUACGCCCGACGAGGGGACAGCCAAGGUCGUACCGCCAUUAUGUACAGUUACUACUUCCCUAAAGUUCGCUGGGCUGGGGGAGACUCCGGAGGCCACCGUCAUUAUUGGGCUAGCAUCGUGGUUUGGAUCCACCGCUGGGGGUGCAAGGUUGAGGAUGCGACAGCAACCUGGCCUGUUGGCAUCUCGUUUACCUCCGACCACUUGCAAUGGAGUACAGCGAACGCUGGAGAGAUAUCUUUCACGUCAUCGACAGUUGGAGUCGAUAUGCCCACACACCCUAGGAUGCAAAUCCACGAUAACGCCAUUACGCCCUUUGUGAAUGGUAACGCUAACCAGGUUUUUGAGCGAACCCUUGUCGGGUGGCAAUCCCUCCCGAACAAAGCCCAGCAGGCACUGAAUGACGUCAAAUAUGAAAAAACCGAGACGCCUGUUGCAGACGAUAACUUUCAGACCCUCCUAGAUGCUGCGUAUAGAGAGAGCUUCUACGGUGGAUUGUUGGAAGAAGCGGAUUGUGAUGCUGGCUACGAUGGGAAUGACACAAGGCCUUUGGUCUAA